AUGAAGUUAAGUAUAUUUGAUUCUCUUUCUCACUCACUCUCACUCAGUGUUGGUGUCGUUUCUUCCGAUCUGCUACAAAACCCAAAAUCCCAAAUCAACACCACCUCCAUGGCAAAGAAGCAGCAGAAACGCCCUUCUCCUCUCCCAGAUCCGUCUUCCUCCUCCUCCUCCGAUUCAGAGGAACAACAUCAACCUCCAUCAGCAACCGAAGAUGAAGAAGAACAACAAGUUCAAGUUUCGUCGUCUGAGGAGGAGGAGGAAGAGGAAGAACAACAACCCGAAUCCGACUCUGACUCUGACUCCGACCAGCCCCCACUCUCUCAUAGACCGGCAGCCAAGCGCGCUGCCGAGAACAAUGCCGACGCCGAACGGGUCAAUAACAAGAAGAACAAGGCAGUCGUUGACGCCGGCGGCGGAGAUUCCGAUGCGAAGAAGCGGUUUCUGAGAGUGUGGAGCGUGGAGGAUGAGACGGCCAUUCUAAAGGGCCUUGCUGAGUUCAUUUCGAAAACAGGGAAGGAUCCGUUGAAGCACGGUGAUGCUUUUUACAAUUUCAUGAAGAACUCGCUUCAGUUGGAUUCUAACACCAAGCAUCUCAUGCAGAAGGUUCGGAGGCUCAAGUACAAGUUCCACACUCAUGUUGCCAAAGGCUACAACGGUGAUGGCCCCAAAUUCCCCAAAGUCCACUUUGACUUGUGCAAGAACAUAUGGGGCAGUAGUACUGAACCCAAAUCCAAAUCCAAAUCCAAAUCUAAAUCCGAAUCCAAAUUCAAAUCCACUGAAGCAGCAGAAGAAAACCCAAACACUAACGGUAAUGCAGUGAACGUACCUCCUUCUUCUGCCAAGAAAUCGAAAUCUGACAAGCAAGUGGUGGACACUAAUGUAGAGGCAAGUGUAGAGGCAAGUUUGCUUUUGAGGAGUGAAAUGUUUGGUUAUGGGAAUAUGAAUGAGGAUGUUGUGAAAAAGGGAUUGGAGUUAAUUGGAGCAUCAAAGAGGGCAGAGUUGGAGGUCAGGUGGAGCAAGUUACAGGUUGCAGAGCUGGAGCUGGUUGCCAAGCGUGCUCAACUCAUUUACGAUCAGUCUAGAAUCAUUUUGGAGGCCUACAAGUCAUCAAACAAUUAUGAUUGAAUUGGAUUGGAUUGGAUUGUGGGUUGUAUUGGUAUAACUUUUUGUAUGCUUUGUAAUUUAUUUUGUGCGCUAAUACUUUGUAGUUUAUUUUGUGCGCUAUCGGAUUGUCGAUUAAAUGAAGAUGAUAUAGCUGUUGAUUGUUGAAAAUGAAAACUACUUACUUAACCAACUAAAUGAAGAUGAUAUAGUUGCUGACUGUUGUCAUUGCCUGUCAUUGUUAUCUUUUUAAUUCAAUUACGUUCUUGAUGAGUGUUUGAUAGUUUAUAUAGGUCAGAAAACAAAAGCAUGAGUAAGUGUUGUGUAGAUACUUCUGUCCUUUCAUGUUUUUCUAUCCUUUCAUGCUUUUAUUUUCUGUCCUAUAUAAACUAUCAAACACUCAUCAAGAACGUAAUUGAAUUAAAAACAUAACAAUGGUAGACAAUGACAACAGUCAGCAACUAUAUCAUCUUCAUUGGUUAAGUAAGUAGUUUUCAUUUUCAACGAUCAGCAACUAUAUGAUCUUCAUUUAAUCGACAAUCCAAUAGUGCACAAAAUAAACUACAAAGCAUUUCAUGCUUUUGUUUUCUGAUACAGGAAAGAAUAAAACAUGUCUGUAAUUUAUCCUUACAUAUUGUACCAGAUGAAGCUAUAAUAACUAGAUCUUUUUCA